AUGAAAUUAGUCAUUCCGAAUAUAAUUUGGCAUGGAGAAAAAGAACGAAUAAUGGCAAUCGCAAUUCAUCCAACAUAGAAUUUAUUAUUGACAGGAGGUUCGGAUUCUAAAAUAGUUGAAAAAGAUAAUGUGAGUGAAGAUGUAGGAGUGAUUAAAAUGUGGACAAUAUUGGAAAAUUCAACUAAGAUGGUUGAGUUUGCAGGAGCCAUUAAUUCUGGUCAUGAAUAAACUGUUAAUUGUUUGAAAUUCUCACCAUCUGGUAAAAACUUUGCAUCUGGUUCGGAUGAUUAUAAAAUUAUAAUCUGGAGCUAAUAAGUGAGAUAAACUUUUGGUCAAUCUGAACCCAGAUUGUAAUGGUGGCCAUUUGCAGUACUAACUGGGCAUUGCAAAGAAAUCUAUGAUCUAUAAUGGUCAAAAAAUGGUGAAAUUUUGGUCUCAGGAGGACUAGAUAAAUAUGUCAUUGUGUGGAAUGUUAAGAAAUAAAAGCAAUUACAAACUUUAGAUGGACACACAUCUUAUGUUUAAGGAGUUACAAUAGAUCCAAGACUUAAAACUAUAGUAUCCUUGAGUCAGGACAGAACCGCCAGAGUGUGGAAACUAUUGAAAGCUCAGAGAAAAAACUUAAAUAAUCUGCAAUUUUAUCCAUAGCAUGUAGUCAGAAAAUUAGAAAAUGCACAAAAGGCUGAUUCAUAAUUAUAAUCUAAUUCAUAAGACUAGUAAUAAUAAUCAUAAUAAUAACAAAUAGAAGAGAAAAAACAAAAUGGAAUAUUUUUGGGUGAAACUAGUUUAUUCACUUUCGUUAGACGACCAGAUUGGAGUCCUGAUGGAUCAUUUUAUAUUUUACCUGCUGCAGAAUUCUGGGUUGAUAAUAAACCUAUUAUGGGUGCUUAUGGGUUCUUAAGAUAAUCUCCUCAAGUUCCAUGCUUCUUUUUACCUACAAAUACUCCUGCCUUAGUUAUUAGAUUUUGUCCUAAAUACUUUACUAGAAAUCCUGAUAUUUAGUAACCAUUAAUAGAUUUACCUUAUAAAAUGAUUUUUGCUAUUGGUACUGUUGAUUCCUUACUUCUCUAUUCAACUGAUAGUCCAACUCCCCUGGCUAUCUUUGGAAAUCUUCAUUAUGCUUCUAUUACUGACAUUUUAUACAUUAAUCAAGGUUCCAAUUUGAUAGCUAUAAGUUCCUGUGAUGGAUUUUGUUCCUUUGUAUAGAUUGAAGAGGGAUACUUUGGUUAGGAAGUCCCUAUUGAAUGUAAAAAUAUGUUAUAUAAUAACGAUAAGAUAGAAGAAGAGGAUGUUUCAAAAAAGAACGAAGAAUCCAAAAAACAAGAAAUUAUAACUGAAUAAAGAGUUGAGUAUAAAGAGACUCUAGAUGGAAAGAAGAAAAAAAUGAUUAUACCAAAAACUCUAUCAAUAGAUUAAUAGUGUUAGAAAUGA